CAAUGUUUUUAAAUGUUAGACCAGCUCAACUUAUGCAAAAAGAAGAACUUAUUGAAUAUCUUUUACCACCAGUUUAAAGAAAAGAUAUCAAACCAUGCACAGUGUAUGACUGAAGGGUAUAAUUGGAAUAGUUUAUCCAAACCAUAUAUAUAUAUUAAAAAAAAAUCAGCACAGAGCAGAUAUGUAUAUGAUGAAGAGUUUCAAACUUAUAUAUGAUCAGGAAGAACCAGUUCCUUUGGAGACAGGCAGAGAUGUAACUUCAAAUACAACAUAUAGUGAUUCUGAUACAAUUUCUGCCGAAGAAAACUUGGCAACUAAUUUAGAUACAUCACAUAGUGAUUCUGAUACAAUUUCCGCAGAAGAAAACUCAACAACUAACUUAGAGACUGACAAAGAUCUUUCUUCAGAUACAUCUGAUAUAAUUUCUGCAGGAAGAAACUCGGACGAUGACUUCAGUGCUGAUGAAUUUGAAUGUGAACUGUGUUAUGGAGUAUUUAACAGUGAAUAUCAGUUAAAUUUGCAUAUGGAAACUCAUUCAGAGUAUGUUCCCUCAGACGGUAGUGGUUCUGAUGCUGAAUUUGAUCGACCAAAUAAAAAGUAUAAAAAAUCUGGGAGAAAUGAUAAAAAUAACAAAAAGACCAAAAAAGUACGGCCUAAAAGAGAAAAGUGCAAAAAAUGUGAUAAAUAUUAUGCCAGUCUUGAUAAACACAUUGAGAAAGUACAUUUAGCUGUCAAGUGUACAAAAUGUGACAAGAUAUUUGAUGACGGACUGAAAAUGAAAGCGCAUAUAUUACGUGUACAUUCAAACAGAGCAAGAUUUCCCUGUGAAGUGUGCAAGAAAUCUUACUCGACAAAAUCCUUUUUAAGAAUUCACAAAGAAAGUAAGCAUGAAAAGCGUGUUUUUAUGUGUGAAGAAUGCGGAGGAGUUUUUACCAGUAAAGAAAACUUGAAUGUGCACAAGCGAAAGCAUUCAGAAAAGAACACUAGUCAUCGUGACAUGUAUCAAAUAGUUUGUGAUGUUUGUGGGAAGACGGUUAAAUCUCAUAACAGAUGGAGACACAUGCGAACCCACUCAAAGACGAAGGCCUUAAAAUGUGCAGUCUGUGGUCGAGGUUUUAACGAAAAGGAACAGCUUGACAAGCAUUCUCGAACUCACACAGGGGAAAAACCAUAUAAAUGUAAGACAUGUCCGAAAGCAUUCAACCAUAAUGUCUCCCUGAAGGCUCACAUGAAAAAGUGUCAUUAAAUGAGAGAUGUGCCAGAAUACAUUCAAGGACAAAGAGUGCCCAAUGACUUCAUUUGAAAUAGUGUCAUUUAUAGCAGUACAAAUAUGGUGAAAUAUGAGACCAAAAUCACUCGACCACAUUAUGUUUUUUAAUAAUGCUAAAGGCUCACAUGAACAUGAUGAAAAUGUGUCAUUUUUUGAGUACAAAUGUGAAAUAUUUCUGCCCCAAAGCUUUCAACCACAGAGUGUUCUUAAUGGAUAAUCUAGAAAUGUAUCAUUUGUAGUUUUAUAGAUACAUGUAGUUAUUCACUUUUUAGUAUUUUCAUACAAUAUUUACUACCUAAGACAUAGCAGGAUAUGGGACAAAAAUAAUGACAAUUUAAUGAUUAUGAGCAGAAAAUACACUGAAUUGGGUUGGGUUUUUUUUAUGCGCCCGGAUCGAUAGAUCGGGGGCACAUAUUGUUUUUGUCCUGUCUGUAUGUUUGUCUGUCUGUUGUCAACUUUAACCUUCACCAUAACUUUUGAACCAUGAGAGAGAGAGACUUCAUAUUUGGUAUGCAUACUCCACUCAUUAAGUUCUUUCAAAUGACACCAAGAUCAAUGACCUUGUGACCUUGACUGUGACCUAUAUGCUAAAAAUAGCUUUUUCGAACUUUGUUGCCGCCGGGUGCAUAGUGUUUCACAAACACAUCUUUUUUUUUUUUUUUUUUUUUUUUUUUUUUACAUUAAAUAAGGGGAAUUACUUUGAUACUGUUCCAGUUUG